AUGGAUACCAUGGCUUCCAUCUUCAAGGGCACGUGGUCUCAGAUACCACGGCUUCCAUCUUCAAGGGCACGUGGUCUCGAAUACCACGCCUUCCAUCUUCCAGAGCACAUGGUCUCCGAUUCCACGGCUUCCAUCUUCAAGGGCACGUGGUCUCGGAUACCAUGGCUUCCAUGGUCCGUUUUUAGUUUGAAUAAGAACACAUAUAGUCUCGGACUGGGCAAGAUGAGGAAGCUCAGUAUGGCGUAUCUACAGGAUGUGCUCCUGAAUCUGUACAAUGUCAAAGUCAAGAUGGAAAGUGACAGUAACAAGUUCCAAUCGGACGAAGAGCUCCCAACUACCCGUGCCACAGACAUGCAAGGCGCGAAGAGCCAUAUAUGCAAAAGACUGCAGCUCAUUUUCCCUAUACAGAUGAAAAAAAUGGAGGAGUUUGAGGAAAUCUGUGGAGACAUUAUUGAAUGCAAGUGUGUACAACACUUGAUGAAACAACUUGAGAAGAUUGGAGAGGAGGCCAUGAACAUCGUCAAAGCCUGGGGAGUGGAAAAUGAACUCUACGUCGGAAUCAUUCCCACAGCAGCCAGUGAUAAGGUCAAACCCAUGUUUGAUGCCACAGCGGAUGUAGACAGAGAUCGUCUGUACUUACAUUGGGACAACAGUCUCUCUGAUAAACUUAUCGCGGCUGUCACUCAGCUCGCUCAGAUACUUAGAAAUGAAGGAAGACAGCCGACACCCAUGGAAUACCUCGGCUUCCAGCUGGCGUACUACAGUUUGUCUAACGGGGUGCUGGUACGACAAGACAAUGCCCGCUGUUUAGGGACGCCAGGGUUCCGUCCUUACACACAGACAUACAUGUCUUUGACCGAUCCUGGUGACGGACAUGUACUUGGUACCACCAAAUCGAAUGACUGGAUGAAAGGCGCCAUUGUACACGUGGAACAUUUGGAAAGACCAAGGCAUCUGCCCCGUGAAAAAAUCGAGUCAUAUCGAAUCCCAUCUAUCUUGGACUUUUCAAAAGUUCGUCUUCAUGUGGGACCUCAAGCACCUACAACAUACUUUGUUGGCCGACGCAUAAAAGAUUCUGGAAACUUCAGGGAAGACUUUCUGAAGUUGGUUAAUAUUACGGCAGCAUCUGCUACAGCGGCGUUCUACCAGGGAGCAGCAGAGUGCAAAGUGUCGAUGGAGGGAUUGAGCACGUCACAGGCUGUCCAAUACAUGCAAGCGCUCAGAGGACAGAUUCAGAGAAACCGGAAACAGUUCUUGUCGGCGGCAUGGAACCUCAACCAAGUUAUAACAGACGACUUCGAGCAAAGUCAGUCUGAAUUGCUCAAAGACAGAAUGAGCAUUGCAUUACGAGCCAUAGAGAUUACAUACUGUGGAGGCUUCAACAAAAUUACAUGGGAUGGAGCCAGCGACACAUACCCGUCCAAAUGCAUCAUGUACCAAUUCACUGUUCCGGAAGCUCUUACCGUUGUACAUGAAGCACACAUGAGAGGACUCGUUACCUAUUUUUCUGCAGGGUUCAAAUUUAACGAAAUCAAAUUGGCAGUGUAUGCCGGCGUAGACGGAAUUGGCAUCGGUGGCGCGCAAGUGCUGCGGUUCAUGGACAGUCAAACUGGUAUGCACGGACCGUAUAUGGAAGAGAACAUUCCCAAAAUACUGAAGAGCCGAGACGAAGCAUCGAAGUCUGUUCAGGGAAGAGCUGUACAUCUCCUUGCUAGACUUGACACAAUGUACUUUGAGGGGUCAAUUUCUAAUGACCAGGAUCGUCUAAGACGCGAGCUGUUCACAGAACUUUUGAAUGAAAAUAGCACCAGAACAGAAUACUUGUUGCAACUCCUGAAACCGGUCAGCAAGAUGGCCGAUGAAGGCAACAGCCCUCUUUUAGGAGUUGCUAAAAGGCUUAUCGAUGCGGAAUCCCCCGUGUUAAAGGAUCACUUUGAAUCGGAAAACGAAUGGAAUACGUUCAUAAAAGAUCUCAAAAGCAUGUACCUGUCAAAGGAUGAAGAAUCUAUGAUGGAGGAGUACGAAAGCGAUCCUUGGCUCUGUGCCAGGAGGCGAUACAGGGAAUCACAAAAUGUCGGAAAGCGACGCUUUACGAGGCAAUCUUCACAUGACAUCCACUGUAAAUGUUUCUACUAA